GUAUUAAUGAAUGUUGUAAAUAAACUAAGGUCUAGUUUAACCGUGCCCGCCCAAUGUGUUUGUCACAAUCAUUUCCUAGCAAAGUCUGCAACUUUUUCAUUAACGAUAUUAAUAAUUGUUAACUCAACUUAGUUCCCGUCUCCACUAGUCAGUUUAAUGUGGAAAUGUAAUUUAGAAGUCUGAAAAGUAACUACUGACUACGUAGUCGUCGUAGUUUAGGCCUACGCCUACACUACAUUAUUACUAUACUACAUUUUAAUUUCCAUGAAUAUUUUAUCAGGACUUCAUUAUUCAGGUAGCCCUCGUCUCUUUCAUGCUAGGCUGAAAACGAUCGUGAGGCAUAUUUUAGUUUUACAAAACGUAGACUUAAAGUGUAAAAAGCAAAUUGAACCUUAUUCAAACUGCACAAUAGGUGACAUGGCGGGUGUUAAUAGUAAUCAUAGUCUCGGUACGGCUGCUGCUACUAGUACCACCCCUGUUGCAUAUGCUGACGGUGAGAUUGAUGGUUUAUCGAACAUGCAUCUCAGUUUUGCUCCAUCAAAAACAUCUCCUAGGAGAAGCUAUUCUCGUGCUAUGAGUGGCCAGAGCACUGCAGGAAUUAUAGGUAGGUAUCUGAAUCUGAAUCUGGUCCAAUGUGGAAAUUAAUAAUAAAUUAUGUAAAUAUAUAAUAUAGCAUAAGAAUAAGAAAUCAAUUUGUACACAACCAAUUUGUAUGAAGGAAUUUUGCUUGCAUCGGAAGUUUGUUUGAAUGGAAGUUUGUUUGACAGAGAUUUGUUUGAGUGAAUUUUAAAGAAAAAAGACCCUGUCUGUAUGUUAUGCUAUACUGCUAUACUAUAAAUAAAAACAAUCACAAACAUCAACAGUUAACAGUUUGAUUCUUACAAAUUUCAGGUAACCAAUUUACUCAGUUUCAAACAUCAGCAUGAUCAGCGCUGCCAAUUUAUUAUUUGGCUUAGCAUUCCACUGCUGUAUAAAUGAAUAAUGUGAAGGAAGACAAACACAUAUGACAUAUGAAUUUAUGACAUUCUAUUAUACUUAUGUAUUGCCUACAAUGAAAGCUAUCAAAUAUGCUGCAGGCCUAACUGGACCUCUACUAUAAAAAAAAAUAAAGCCUUUGCGAUUAUAAUUAGGCCUAAAGAUUUACAGUUUAAACUAUUUUAAUCAUGCAUCCAGUUCACAUCGGUCUACUAUUUCUAACCUAGUAGUCUAAUUUAUUAACUUUUCAUAGUAAAAAAAAUUAAAUUUACAAAAAUAGUUGAGUAGUUUAGGCUUAGUUUUGCAUAGCCUAUAGCAGUGGGUUCCCAACCUUUUUGACUCCCCGAGACCCUUUUUGAAUAUAUUUCUGUGGAGGGAAGGGAGCGCCAUGUCUCUUCUGAGAAGUGCAUGCUAAGCCCUAAAACCUGAACCGUUAGGGCUCCAUGGAUCACAGGUUUGGAACCACUGAGUUAUCGGAUAAGCUAUAUCAUAUGCAAUAGUUGGCGAGGCCUAUUCAGUAUAGUAUAGCAUAAGCCUAAUGAUUUUAAAAAUAUUAACAUUUUUAAUGGCUAGUUUUAAAAUACCAGUAUAUGCUUUAGUCUGAAAGUGAUUUGGAUUGGUAGAGAGAUGCAUUUCUAUUGGAAAUAUGUCAUUUUUACUAUUAAAGUUUCACAAGUCCAAUAAUUUAUCACAAAUAAUCAAAUAAUCCAUGUUUUAUGUUACUAUAAAAAUUGAAUUUGAUAAACAAUAAAUAAAUGCGUCUCUUGUUACAGUUAUUGGUGAUGAAAUCCUGAAGGGCCAAACAUUAGACACAAACUCCAAUUUCAUUUGCAAAAAACUGUUUUCUCUGGGAGUCAAAGUCCUGAAGGUAAAUUGAUAACUUGGAUGAGUCAUAAAUUUUAAUAUUUAAAGGACUUUUUUCUACAAUACAGCUUGAACUCAGGCUCAAAAAAUGAUACAGGUUUAGAAAAAAAAAACAGGCUGCUACACCUUUUUUAUCAUUGCUUCACAUAGCGGUGACCUGGACACCGCAGCCAGUCCAUGAGCUUUCAGUGGCUGAUCUGCAAAAGGUAUAAUAAGUUAAGAAGUUGUAAAAAAAAACAAUAAUCAAUAAAUUAAGUACCACUGCUGCAAUGUGGUCAAGUAAGUUCCAGACAUUAAUGUUCCUAAGGCUUACUAUGAAACUUACUUAAAGUCUAGUAUAAUGAAAUUGAUAUCCACUAAUUUAAAUGAUUUCCACACUUUCUUCUUUAUAUUUAUGUUUGAAAUACCUAUGGUACACAAAUAAUGGCAUAAUAAUAAAGUUAUUUUCUAUUUUUUGAUCAAUUUUGCAUCAGGGUUGUACAGAUACCAACAAUUAUUUUUAAAACAUUUCUCUACUGGUUUAAAAAGAACUGAGCUUAAUGGCAUUGCAAAGCAUGAUGAAUAAACAGAUUAAAAUCUUGUGCAGAAUCUUGUCCAUGUUGUAUUAUUUGAAAAAAUGUGUACAUCUGUGGACUAAGCUUUUUAGUUGUACAAUAAAUGAAGGACAGGGUUCAAGCUGUGUGACACCCUCUUUGAUGGUUAAAGUACCAUUAGGGUGGCUAACAUGUGUGAGACGAAAUGUGAUUUAUGCACUAGCGUGUUGUAGAUGCUGCUCCUGUUAUACAGGUGAAACUGUAGCAAGAUCACCAGAUAGGUUCACUGAACAUCUUCAUGAUAUUUAACAGGGUAAACUUUCCCCGGUCUCAUCCCAUUUCAAAGGAGAUGAAAACAAAGGGACAUCAGAUGUUUCCAUCAUGACACUGAUUUCCUGAACUAACACAUCAGUGAAAGUUUGAAAGGAAAUCAAAUUAAUUCAGCACAAUAUCAUCAUAUGGAGUUAAGCAAAUUCUCUCUUGUGUGUUAAAAUUUUAUUUUUCACAGUAAUAAUACAUAAAUUAUUUUACUUCCUGUAAUCUUGGUUUAGGAAAACCCAACUUCCUGCAAUAACAUUAAUAUGGCGAACACUUAAGUUUAAAAAAAAAAUACUUUCUAUUUCUUGUUAUUUCUUCAUUUGUCUUGUCUGCUGAGGAAGGCUUUUAGCCGAAACAUUCUUCUUUUAUUGUCCUUUAUUUCUAUUUCAAGCUUCCACAUACCUUGUUCUUCUAUUUAAAUUGUACAACUUGGCAUGUAGUCUAUUUUGUUUUGAAUCAUGAAUAAAACAUAUUAUGGACAAUUGGGAAAUAUCUGCAACUAUGUGCAAAGAAAGCUUAACUCUAGAACUUUGUUUUUAGGAAAUAGUAAAUAGGUUCACUGAAGUGUCACAUGAUCCUAUAUAAUUAUUUUCAUUCCGAAGUAUUUUUAUUAAAAAGUAUUUUGAACAUAUGCUACAUUCAAUGUCAGGGUUGCAUAAUAAUAUGUAUGCUUUAAAAAUAGCUAACUUUAAAUAUUAAUAAUUUAAAGAUAUUUCAAUUUUAAUUAGGGCAAUACCAGAAUGAAUAAUUGAUAACAGCAUUUUUUACAAUCUUAAAAUAAUUUUUCUUCCAGCUUUGUUUAUGUUCAAACAUACUGUAAUGGAGCAGAAUUUAUUGUAUAAUAUAUGAUAGAUAUAUUUUAAACUCAAUUUAAACAAAAUUUUCAUUGCCUAUAGUGGCUUAGCUAGGGUUAGUACCACCUGGGGCUGGCGGGAAAUUAUGCCGCCACUUUCCACGAAAAAACUCUGCAGUUGUCCAAAAAUGCCACCCCUCCACAUUAAAGAAAAAAGUGCCACCCUGGGUGGACCACCUCCUAUACACCCCACUUCCUACGCCACUGAUCGUCUAUCAUGUGUGCUAAUAAUUGUGCAAAAUUAUCCAUACUUGUUUUUAAUAGGUCUUUGUAAAACUAUAAUUUUUUUAAAGAAUCAACUCUUAUUAAAUUGAAUAAUAGGGGCAUAAAUAACGUUUAUUUGCAAGGAGCUACAUUUAUAUGUUGGUCCCUCUUUUAUAUUCUUCAGCUUUGUAAUUCAAAACAUUAAUUUUUUUUGGGUAGAUAUCUGUGGUUUGCGACUCACUGGACCAGAUAGCAAAUGAGGUGGCUUUGUUCUCACAGAUGUUCACCCAUGUCAUCACUUCAGGUGGCAUUGGCCCGACUCAUGAUGAUAUGACAUUUGAGGGUAAGUUGAAUUGGAUGACUCAUGCAUUAAUUUUCAUGUAAAGUUAAAUUUUGAAAAAGUAAAGUCACAUUGACUUAAGAAAGGUCAUUGACUUAAGAAAGGUCAUAUGAUUUAGCUAUUGAUGAAGCCCAAGCUUUGCUCACAUCAAAAUUAAAUACAUGAUGGCGACCUUCAAAAUAGAAGAGAUUUUGUUUAAAGAUUGGAAAAAUGGGAAGACAGUUAACAUAAUAAUAAUAAGAGAUAAAAAAAAUUUUUUCAAGUGUAUUGCCCUUCAUUCAUGCUUUGAACAUAAUCAUAUACAGGUGUGGCCAAAGCUUUUGAUCUGAAAACUGAGCCCCACCCUGAACUGGUCCAGCUAAUCACAGACUGGUUCAAGACCACUGACAUGAAUUCAGCUGAGAUGAAAAUGGCAAAGGUCUGUCUCUGUUAACUUUAAACCUUCCUGUCUUACAACAGCAGCUUGGUACAAGCUUUAACUCUAAACUUGCCUAUUUAACAACUGCAGAUUGUGGGCAAAGUAAAUUUUUUUGUUUUUUUAUUGCCAGUUAGUCCUUUUUGCAGGGGUGGGCAAAAUUUUAUAGCUGCGAGCCAGAUGCAAGAGGUAACGGAAGCAUGGGAGCCAUAAAAGGUGAAAGUGGGGAGGGGAGUAUUUCACAUGAAUCAUAUCAAUUCCCAGAAAAUUGGGAUUUCACCAGAAAAGUGAAACAACCCCAUAUAGUAGUGACAUCUGCAAUUGAAAAUUUAAAUACAUGUUUGUUAUUUUCCCUUUCCAUGCUAACCCGGUAUUUUAAUUAAUUAUUUUUUUAAAUGGAGAAUGAGCCUUUCAAGACUGAGGAGUAGGCAACAAUCGGCUCACGAGUCAUAGUUUGCCCACCCCUGCUUUAUAGGGUGCUAUACAACAACUUUUUAUAAAAACUUUUACUUAAAAAAAUUAUUUUUAAAAUUUAUUUUACCUACCAUUGUAAACAGAAAUUUUUUAUGGAAACACGCAUGAUACAUUAUUAUACUGGAUCCUGAUUCUGAGACAAAUCUGUAUAAAAAAAUUUAUACAACCCUUAAAGACAGACGAGAGGGACUCCGCCUGAUAUUCUUAUAUAAAGUGAUCAUGGGACUGGUGCCGGCCAUCCCAGAAGGCAUGUACCUCACCCCCACAGAAGCCGGGUAGACUGAUCAGAGCAAAACGCGCACUGAACACUGACUUCUCACUGACAUUCCCAUAAACAAUUACACCAGAAACAAUAGCAAAUGCUUCAAAGUGCCUCAGUGCAACACAGUGCAGUAUCAACAAUCUUUCUUUCCACGCACAAAAAUAGCAUGGAACCACCUGAACGAUGCCUCUGUGAACUCGACAUCGGUCAAAAGUUUCGAGGCUGCCAUGGCAUCAGCUGGGGGUUGUUAGAAUAGCAACAUCAUAUCCCCAACCGUUGCAAAGAUGCCAGUACAUGGAUGCAGCAACAAAACAUUACCAGAACCAGAAAUCUGGUUUAAAAAUUUUUUUUUUUAUAAUUUAGGUUCCUCAGACUGCAACUCUUCAUUUUGGGACUGAUCCAAAAACAAAGCAGAGAUCCAAGUACCCACUGGUGUCUGUCAGGAAUGUUUACAUGUUUCCUGGUGUGCCCAAUCUUAUGGAGAAAGCUUUUACUAUGCUUGGGGUAAGCUCCUGUCACACUUUUAAUUAUUCUUUGAAAUGUAAAGAUGUUUCAAGAUAAAAAUAUUUUUGUGUCUGAAGUGUACAUGUUAACAAGUUAAAAAAGAAAGCCCAUCAAAACAUGCAACUUAAAUAAAUAAUUUUUUCUAUGGAAGAAUAAAAAUGUGAACUUGUAAUUAUGGUAUAUUAAAUUUCUAAGUCAAAGUAACAGUAUCGGUACUUGUUUUGAGGUUAUACAACUUAUAAAUCUUACUUGUUGGGAGUAAGCCAUUGGAAUAUAGCUAUGGCCAUGCCCUCUCUACAGAGUAUUUAAGUAUAGAUUUUAAUUACAUGAGAAAUGCAUUUGGACAUAAGAAAAUUGGAGCCAGAAAAAAAAAAUAUUGCCAAAAGGGCAGCCCCCAGUGUAACAAAAUAACCAGCUUUGCUUGCAACAGUUUUUUUUGUGUUUCUUGUGGUAAUUAAAGUGCUUUAUUAAACAAAAUAAAAUAAAUUAGAAAUAAGGUUCAAGAUAUCCAGCACUUUAUUUAAUUAAUGUAAUUUAAUUUAUUUAUUUAACCGCCCUGGUGUUUUUAAUUUAAAUUUGGAUUUGAUGACUUUAUCCUUGCUUUGCUAUUUUCAGCAUUUGUUUCAAAAUCCUGAUGUGGAGUUUCACACAGAGGAGCUGUAUGUCAACAAGGAUGAGGCUUCGAUAGCUGCAUCUAUCACACAAGUUGCGGAGAAGUACAAGGAUUCUGUAGUCAUAGGGUCUUACCCUGACAUGGUGAACAGGUGAGACAGUUACAAUACAACAUUGGUUACACCCUGACCUGUUAACAGGUAAGACAGUUAAAAUACAACAUGGAUUACACCCUGACCUGUUGAACAGAUGAGACAGUUACAAUACAGCAGUGCACAGACUUAAAAUUUACUCAUUGUGUGAUGAGGUUUACUUAGUUUUAGGUAGCUAUGACUAUGAGCUCCUCUUUGUUGCAGAUGAUUAUUUCUGUUACUAUUAGCUCUGCUUUUCAUUCGCUGCAGAACACCUUGUUAACAUUGCUAAAAUUACCUGGGACUCUCAUAUAGGUUUAUGUUGAUAAAAUCACUUAGCAUAUUGAUGUAGGUUAAUGUUGAUGAUAAUAUUCAUAGUUGGAACAGGUUGUGUUCAUUAAGGUGUAAACCACUAUUGAAAUGGCAGUUGGACUUCUGCAUCAUUUCAUUAGGGAUAAUGGAGUAUAACGUUAGGACCCUUCUCAUACCAACAAUGAACGAUAUGAACAGAUGGGCUGAUUGGGAUGUGGGGGGGGGGGGGGGGGGGGGGGUGGGGAAGGGGGGGGUUGGGGUGGUCGGAAAGGGCUGGUUUGGGUGGGGUGGUGCUGUUCAAACGUGCACUCUGCUGGCUGGUCUUGUAAAAAAAUAUCCAGUUGCCUUCAGACACAGACAAAUCUGUAUGUACAUGUUAUGUUAUUUGUGAUAUUAAAUUGGAGAUGAAAAGAGUUUUUGUACCAUUUUUUUUUAAAUAUUCCACCUGAAUUAAUUAUCUCUGAAUUGAAAGGAAACACCUCAGUACUUUUUGUCUCACAAUACCAAAGUCACAAAUGUUCCGCUUGUUUCAAUGUUAGGCGAUGAUUAUAAUUUUCUUGACCAAAUUUGUACAGCUACUAUAAAGUGAAGCUCACAGUCGAGUCUACCAAUGCCAAUGCACUUCUAGAAGCAAGGAAGGAGCUGGCUGAUAAAAUGCCUAAAGGUAAGCAAUGUUUAACUCCUUUACCCACUGGCUGAUGCUGAUAAAUUGCCCAAAGGUGACACUGCCUUCCUUCCUUACUAAUCUUAAUUCUGAACAAAAGGGAUUUCCGGUUAGUCUGAUUUUUACUCAUGAUCUCUAUUUUAAAAUAUUUUUUAAAGCCCUUAAAUGUUAAUUAAUUAUAACAACAAACUGAAGACAAGUGUUCAACAAUGUUAACAAAAAUAGAUUCAUAUAUAUCUGACCAGAAUAUGGCAGAUAAAGGAUUAAUACUACUAACACAAGCAUGCAAGUUAUUAUUUUUAUUAUUACAGUGGUCUUAUAUAGCACGGUACCCCAGCCCUAAUCGCGCUUAACAUAAAAAUAUUGGCAAAAAUAAACAUGACGUUAAAUAAAAUUAAAUUAAAUUUAAGAUGAUAAAAAAACUUUGGGUUUGCUUUAUCAAAAUCAGGCCAUUGGGAAGUUGCGUUUUGAAAUUGAGAGUACCGUGACAUGUGCUGGAUUACCCAUAGAUUAGCUGGUCAUGUAAUGUGACCAGGACAGGGAUAGGCUCAUUUGGGACUGGACUGAACCUUUUUUUGCUCAGUGCCCCCUAAGGCCCCAGUCCGGCCCCGACUGUAAAUAUUUGGUCACAAGGCAUUGUACCAGGCAACUGCUGAUGUGUUGCAUUAUUGGUAAACAAGUGAAAGCAGUAGGAAAUGUAGUUUUAACAAAAAUAAAUAAUUCUCAUUCUCAUCAGUCCUCAGACAACUUGUUUCUUAUUUUAAAUUUGUCCUUCUGGGGCCUAUAAUGUUUUAUUGUUCAUCUCUAAAAAAACAAAACAGGAACAGUUGUGUUGUUUGACAAGGACCCCAUUGCCUCGGCAACAGAGAGUGUUUACAAGGUCAUUGCUGACCCCAGCUCCUCUGACCACUAUGUGGCCUGCGUGAGACAAGCUGUUGAGACUUUGGAAACUGCACUGGACAGAUAUGCGUAAGAAAGCUGGUCCUCAUUAGCUGCCCCACCGUCCUCACAGGCUUGGUAAUAAAUGUGCAUUUUAAAUAUUGCCCUCAUAUUUGAAGGAGCUCACAAAGCCAAUGUGUAGCCCUUACACCUAUAGGAGCUCACCAAGCCAAAUUGUAGCCCUUACACCUAUAGGAGCUCACCAAGCCAAUGUGUAGCCCUUACACCUAUAGUAGCUCACCAAGCCAAUGUGUAGCCCUUACACCUAUAGGAGCUCACCAAGCCAAUGUGUAGCCCUUACACCUAGAGGAGCUCACCUAGCCAAUGUGUAGCCCUUACACCUAUAGGAGCUCACCAAGCCAAUGAGUAGCCUUCACACCUGCUGGAGUUCACUAAGCCAAUGUAUAGAUCUUUUCUAGCAACAAAACAUUUCACAGAGUGUUGGAUUUGGUUGAGACAAUUACUGACAUAUGUAAAACAUUUUUGAUUAACGUAAGAUUAAGAUUAUCUCUCUUCUUAUUGUUGUGAAAAUAAAAUCCCCAUUCAUCCCUGAUCUAGCAGCAGUAGACAUUAGUCCUGUUGCUGUGUGGGGAAAGAAAGGUAAGGGGUGUUGGUUAGUGGGAAGGGAUGAAUGCCUGGCCUCAUGUUUAGUCCAAUUGAUUUUAUAAGAACAAUUCUAAAAAUUUUAUCUUAACAGGGUUUAUUAAAUUAAUUGACACAAUCAUAAAGAUAUUUAAAAAAUUCUCAUUAAAAAGCUUUUGUUUUAAAAAAGUUGGCAAAAAAAAAACAGUCAACCUUUUAAGAUAUGUUUCCAAAAUACUUUAACCCCUUUUUCAUUGUUUCAAAUAUGCAUAUUUUCACACAGACUGUCAGAUAUAUGUAUUGGAUUCAAUGGAGGCAAAGACUGCACCAUUCUUCUUCACUUGUUUUAUGCUGUUGCAAAAAAGUAAUUAUACAUUUUGUAUAAUGAUAAAUCUUAAUAUAGGAUUUUUAGCUCCCAAAUCAAAAUGUUUGGGUGAAAGCUUGAAUAAGGAUUGUUUUUACUUUGUCUCAUUUUUGAUUGAGAUCCCAAGAUAGUCAUUUAAAUAUGAGUUCUCUCAUAAUGGUAAGGUGAUAAUAUCAUUUCAAUGUUUUUUUAAAAAAGCUUCAUAUAAAUUUUCAUUCAAUUCUAAUUAUGAUACUUGAGAUUUGGGUGUGGGAAUGGCAUUUGGGGAAGGGGGUUCAGUGGUUGUGUGUGUGUGUGUGUUAAUAUUAAAAUUCAUAAAGAGGCUUCACAUAUUUACAAAACUGUUUAAAAAUCAUAUUCUUUAAAGGCACCUGGUCCUGUAGAAAAAAAAAUCUUUUUGUUUAUAAUUUAUAUUUAUGUUUAACUUUGCAAUUAAAAUAGGUUUGUACGCUUUCUUAAUUAUUUUUAAAAAAAAAUAUUUUCACCAGGAAAUUUCCAAAUUUUGAUCACAAGCUUCAGGCAUUGUACAUCAGGAGUAGAUGCCCCUUUCCUGAAGUAGAAAAGUUUGUUCAGAUUUCCAGAGACAGGUCAGUUGACCACUAAAUAAGUCUUAGAUUUGGUUUGAGAUAGGUCAGUUGAUCACUACUUAACUCUUAGUUGUUCUGCCUGUCACAAUAAAACACAUGUAGAAAAUGUGUUGCCUGUCACAAAAAGGCAUGUAGCAGAUGUGCUGCCUGUCAGAAUAAAACAUGUUGAAAAUGUGCUGUAUGUCACAAUAAGACAUGUAGAAAAUGUGCUGUCUGUCACAAUAAGACAUGUAGAAAAUGUGCUGCCUGUCACAAUAAAAAAUUCAGGCAGGAAAUUGUACUGCUUUUAAAAUAAGCAUAUUUAAAUUAAAUGCCCAUCUAAAAAUGAAUAAAACUAAGGAUGUCAUCAAUAGCAUCAUAAUAGAUUAGAAGGUCUACACCUAAGGCUAAUGUCAUUAAUAGUAUCAUAAUAGAAGGUCUACACAUAAGGCUAAUGCCCAGAUAACUUAAUGAUGUCACCUAUGCUGCUGCCUUACAAUUACAAGUAAUUUGCAUAUAACCCUCUAGUGAGGGAUUUAAAACUGUUUAUUAGAUUUGCCCCCACCCUGCACUGGUGUGUUGCUGUUUUAUAAAGAAACAAAAGUUCUCUCAACUUAAACACAUGUUUGUGUUGCCACAUACUUGUACCUUCAGGUACAACUUAGAAAUGAUUCAUUAUGAUGGGAGAAUAAAGGAGUGCUUGGCCACCCUGGCAACCAAACACCCCAACAUGAAGGCUGUUAUCAUGGGAACAAGGGGCACUGAUCCUUGCUCUAGUAAGUCAAAAUAGCAUCAUUGUUACCAUUCCUUUUUGAGUCAAAUGAGCACCAUGUCAUAAAUGAGGUUUGUAAGAAGAAUUCAAAGAACUUAAAAUCAUUAAACCGUUUCAAAAAUGAAUUAAACAAAUUCUCUGUCAGGAAUUUUGAGAUUUACAAAAGGGCUCAUUAAAGAAGUAAACUGCAUUUUGCUUGAGAAUUUGAGGGCUCAUUUUGUUGAAAGACAAUUAUUUAUUUGUUGUUGAGUGGACCAAAACGUAUUUAUUCUUAAGAAUUUAAGUGCAGUUUUGUGUGCAUCCGUAUAGUACUAGCCAUCUGUAGUAUCAGUACCGUUCGUUGGUAUGUGUUUGCUGUAUUUGAAUUUAUUAUGUAAACGUUCACAGACUAAAUAUUAAAUUUAAAAAAAAGCUGUCUCUAGAAAUUUAUAUAACAUUCUUCCACAUCUUGCCAGAACAUUUGACAGAAUUCUCAAUGACAGAUCCCGACUGGCCACAAUUUAUGAGAGUUAACCCCCUUCUAGAAUGGCAUUACAAGCAUGUGUGGAGAUUUUUACGAGAACUCUGCCUUCCAUAUUGUAGCUUGUAUGAUAGAGGGUGAGUGAAGAUUCACUAUUACUAUUAUGAUGUUUGUUCCUGUUUUAAACAAUAAGUGUCAAUUAAAAAUUUAGCCUUUAACUUUACAAAAAAGCUAUGCCAUACAUAUUUCAUGCCCAGUUGUCAAUCGAUAUUAUUAGUAUUAUAACAGUGACAGCCUUGCUUUGUGGGCCCCGAAAAUUUGUAAAAAUUAGUGUGCCUUUUUGUGGUCCAUCGAUUAGCAGACAUGAUUUUCACUUUUAAGUUAAUGAAUUCAAAAUUGCUACCAGAUAGAAUUUAUUCCAUUAUUCCACUUAAUCCAUUCUCAGCAAAAAUUUUGCACACUUCAUUCUCUCUCUAUUUUCUGACUUUACUAAACCCUUUGUGAAACAAGGAAAGCCAAUGCUGUCUCCACUAGUUUGUGUUUCAUAUACAUAGCCCUAGAAGUAAGCUCACUAUAAUUUAUUAUUCUGUGUUGUAUGUUGAUGGCUUCUUGUGGUUUUUUUUUCAGUUACACAUCUCUGGGAAGCAUGGAUAACACACAUCCCAACCCCUUGCUGCAGUAUAUUGAUGAAAGAGGGGUUCUCACUUACAGGCCUGCCUACCUUUUAGAGAAUGGAGAGAAAGAGAGAGAUGGGAGAAAUAAGUGAGGGAAAGAGAUGUAUGUCAGAGUUAUUAAUGCUAUCCAAGAUAAACACAGAGCUACAUGAUUACAUUGCCUGCCUUGACUGACCAUGAUAAUGCACUCAGUGAUGUGGUGCAUCACUAGAAUGGUGCAUUUAAACUCUAUUAUUUGUAAAGAUUUUUGGGACUGUUACCUUUCGGUUAUACUAUGAUAUUUGGCAUUAAUUAAUGUUAUUUUCAAGUUCUAUAAAUAUUGUUGGAUCAUGAUAUAUUUUAAUUUUUGAAAUCAAGGGGAAUUAAGUGACAUCCCCUGUAACUGUGACCUGGUACAAUAUCAAGAUUCUGGAAUAUGUUUUGUUUGAAAAUGUUUCAAACUUUUAGCGUCUUAUAUACAAUGUCUCCUUUGUGGAAGUUAUUUGCUAUAUUUCACCUCUCAAGGAUAUUGGGAAAUUGGAACAAAAAAAUUCAAAGAACUCUAUACAAACAGUCCACAAAUAAAAGACAAACUGGGGAGGCAAGUUUAUUUAACUUCAAAGACUAUGUUCUUUAAUUCGGUUGGGCACUCUCCCCCCUUUAAAAAAAAAAUUAUUAAAACUAAAGAGGUAUACCUGUACAAAUGAGUUGAAAUGUGAGCCGAACAUUUAUCAUAAUUUAUGAUAUGCUGAAACACUACCCCAGGAACUGUUAUAGUAUAAACUGGCUAAAAAAUCAAAUCAUUUUUUUAACUAGCAUAUAACAUUCAACAAUCAGAUUUCAAGCAAUGUGCAGCUCAGACAUCAUUGUCAGCAACAACAGUUUGUGUCCAUCUAAAUUAUUAAAUUAAAAUUUUUCUUAAAAGAUGUCUGAAAUGUUCACUGUUUGCUCUGCUGCAUUGUUGGUAGUAUACUUCAUUUCAUUCUAAUUCUUGUCAAUGAAAAUGAUGAUAAAUAUUUAGCAGAUAUUUGUUCUCUUCUAUGUGAGUUAGCUUCAUUUAAAAUGGUUUUCCAUUGCUCCCGUACAUUGAAUAAGUUAACCCUUUUCCACCCAAGAAUAAUUUCCUUAAAGUUUUGAUGUUCUAAAUUUUAUUAUAAAAAAAAAUAAUUUGUUGUUAUUCCUUAAUAAAUUAACUUAAGAAAUCAAAACAUUAAAAAAACAGAUUUUAAAAACACAAUUUUAUAAGCACCAAAAAUUACAAAAUUAUUUUGAGUACCCGGUACUAAAGAGAUUGUCGCUGAUUACCUUUUAAAUUUCAAGCUGUAUGGCGUUCCAAACAUGAUCUCCAUGUUUUAGAAGCUAAAAUUCUGAAUCUGAAUGUUCUUAUAAGUAACACCCCACAAUAUUAAAGAAAAACACAAAAUGUCAGAAAAAACAGUCUCCAUAAAUGUUAUUCUACCCUUAAAUUAAGGUUUUAUUUCUUGUAGCACUUCCAUGUUUGGCUCCCACACUUUGAAUUUUGUAGACAUGAUCCAUUGAAUGAAAAUCAGGGUUUGUCUCAAAAAAUUAUUUUGUGCUUUUUAGUGCAUUUUAAUAAAAGCUUAUUUUUAAAAAGUUUUUUCUUAUUUUGUACUUUUAUUCUUUAUGAUCAUCACUUAUGGCCGGGUUGUAGUUGUAUUGUCAUCUGGGGUGGAUAAGUGUACAGAGUUUCAGCUCAUUGGAUUUCAGGAAGUGGGUCAAAAUUAAGAAGCAAGAUUCGACCAGCAGAUAUCACUCAAGGAUCAAUGGAGAUCACUGGUGAUCUACUGAUCAUGUCGGGUUGUAUUGUAACCAGGACUGAGUUAACACGCAAAAUUUCAAGCACAUCAGACGAUAAGAGUAUAAAAGCCAUUAAUUUAGCUACUAACCGUAAGCAGAGCCAAUAUUAAACAGACUUCAGUUAGACAAAAAUGUAUUAUGAAAGUUGGAACUUUAAGAAAUAGCAAUGGCAUAAUUAGCAUUGCAUUUUCUUCUUUUUUUUAAAUGGAAGCAAAAAAAAAAAAAAAAUUUUAAAAUCUGUUUCAGGAUUAAAAAUGAC